AAGUUCUGGUACCAGCUGGUGGUCAGGGCUUUAGUAGAGUAUGGAGGGUUGAGUAAAGAAGCAACAUCUUGAAGCAGCUGGAAGAGUCAUCCCAGCACUUAAACUGACAAGAAAACAUCGUAGUGACAAGAAAACUUUGAUACUACCAAGGGUCAAAGCCAGCAGGGAAGAGCCUGGCCCAUCAGUCUGGUCCAACAGCUGACGGGGGUAGCAGCCAGCUGCAGGUGCCCAAGAACUUGGCACUGCCCGACUUCCAUCUAAAGGGGCACAUCUCCCUUCCGGGUGACACAUUUUCAGCCAAAAGUUGAAAAGAACUUCAUCAUCAAGAUGUCUGAUGAUAUUGACUGGUUACAUAGCCGCAGAGGUGUGUGCAAGGUAGAUCUUUACAGCCCAACAGGACAGCAAGAUCAAGACCGGAAAGUGAUAUGCUUUGUGGAUGUGUCCACCCUGAAUGUGGAAGAUAAGGAUUCUAAGGAUGCGGCUGGCUCCAGCUCAGAGGGCGACUUGAACCUGGGAAAUCUGGAAGAAAAAGAGAUCAUAGUAAUCAAGGAUACUGAGAAGCAAGACCAGUCUAAGACGGAGGGAUCUGUAUGCCUUUUCAAACAAGCUCCCUCUGAUCCCUUAAGUGUUAUCAAUUGGCUUCUCAAUGAUCUACAGAAAUAUGCCCUGGGUUUCCAACAUGCACUGAGCCCCUCAGCCUCUAGCUGUAAACACAAAGUAGGAGACUCAGAGGGCGAAUGUCACAAUGUACCCUGUGGGAACUGCUUCAGUGUCUAUGCCGAUGAACUGAACAUGGAUUGCAUGGCCAAUGGACUUCAGAGCCUACGUCUAGAAAUGGCAGCAGCCAAAAACACCAACAAUAACCAAAGUCCUUCCACUCCCCCAGCCAAAUCUCCUAGUACUCAGAGGGCAGUCAUCUCCCCUGAGGGAGAAUGUUCUAUGGAUGACCUUUCCUACUAUGUCAACAGACUGUCCUCUUUGGUAAUCCAGAUGGCCCGAAAGGAAAUCAAGGAUAAGUUGGAAGGUGGAAACAAAUGCCUUCAUCAUUCUAUCUACCCAACUUCUGGGGACAAAGGGAAAAACAGCCCCCGCAGUGCUCUGAGCAAAAUUGCUUCUGAAAUGGCCCAUGAUGCUGUAGAAGUGACCUCUGCAGAAAUGCGUGGCACUGGGGAGGAGUGCAGGGAUGGUGGCCGGAAAACCUUUCUUUAUAGUGAAUUAUCCAACAAGAACAAGACUGGAGACAAGCAAAUGUGCCAAAGAGACAGCAAAGAAUUUGCAGAUUCCAUCAGCAAGGGACUCAUGGUUUAUGCCAAUCAAGUGGCAUCUGACAUGAUGGUCUCUGUUAUGAAAACAUUAAAAGUGCACAGCUCUGGGAAGCCAAUACCAGCCUGCGUGGUCCUGAAGAGGGUGUUGUUAAAGCACACCAAGGAUAUCGUGUCUGACUUGAUUGAUUCUUGCAUGAAGAACCUGCAUAAUAUUACUGGAGUCCUGAUGACUGACUCAGACUUCGUCUCAGCUGUCAAGAGGAAUCUGUUCAACCAUGGAAAGCAAAAUGCAGCAGACAUCAUGGAAGCAAUGCUGAAGCGCCUGGUCAAUGCCCUUCUCGGUGAAAAGAAGGAAACAAAGUCUCAGAGUCUGGCAUAUGCAUCUUUGAAAGCUGGAACCCAUGAUCCUAAAUGCAAGAAUCAGAGUCUUGAAUUCUCAGCCAUGAAGGCUGAGAUGAAAGGGAAGGACAAAAGCAAAAUGAAACCAGACCAGGCCAAGUCCUUAACCAGUGCUGAGAAAGUCGGUGAACACAUACUCAAAGAGAGCCUGACCAUGUGGAACCAAAAGCAGGGAAACCAGGGCAAGAUGACCAGCAAACCAUGUACCAGUAAAGAUGAGAAAAGAGAGAAGAUCAGCCCUUCCACAGAUUCACUGGCCAAGGACCUGAUCGUAUCUGCCCUUAUGCUGAUCCAAUACCAUCUGACCCAGCAAGCCAAAGGCAAAGAUGCGUUUGAAGAAGAUUGUCCUGGUUCUACGACGGGCUAUAUGCAUCAGAGUGCCCAAUAUGAAAAGUCUGGAGGCAGUCAAAGUGCCAAAGCACUUUCAAUGAAACAUCUAGAGUCUCGUGGAGCCCCUGGACCAUCCACCUCUCAAAAAGACAAUCAACAGAUGGACUCCCAGAAGCUGGAUAUGUCCAACAUCGUUCUAACACUGAUUCAGAAACUGCUCAGUGAGAGCCCUUUCAACUGUGAGGAAACAUCUGAAGGUGAAAACAAGCUCAGAGGCAACAAAACAACUUCCAUGUCCAAGAGACCUGACAGGGGAGAAGAGCAGUGCCAAGAUAACCAAGAACUUGAUUUCAUGAGUGGAAUGAAGCAAGUGAACCGACAAUUUAUAGAUCAGCUGGUAGAAUCUGUGAUGAAACUGUGCCUUAUCAUGGCUAAGUACAGCAACAACGGGACUGCUCUUGCUGAACUAGAAGAACAAGCAGCUAUGGCAAACAGCUCCAAUUUUGGUGGCCUCAGAUGUAGUCAUGAUGCUGGAAUGGCACCUAACUUUCAAGACUCUCCUGGACCUGAAGUAAUUGUCAAUAAUCAGUGCUCUACAAGCAGCUUGCAGAAGCAGCUCCAAGCUGUCCUGCAGUGGAUUGCGGCUUCCCAGUUUAACGUGCCCAUGCUCUACUUCAUGGGAGAUGACGACGGACAACUGGAGAAACUUCCUGAAGUUUCAGCUAAGGCUGCAGAGAAGGGGUACAGUGUUGGAGAUCUUCUCCAAGAGGUCAUGAGGUUUGCCAAGGAACGACAACUGGAUGAAGCCGUGGGAAACAUGGCUAGGAAGCAACUGCUUGACUGGCUGCUCACUAACCUGUGAGCUAACAACUCCUUUGACUCCCCUCCACCUUACUCCCCCCCCAGCAGCAUUCUGUCCCAGCUGGAGUACCGCUACCAUCAGGCUGGUGAACUGCAUAAUACCUGACUGUGUUUCGCAAUACAUCUGAGCAGUUGCACUGUGAAAAUACAGGGUGGUAAAGAUCUUGGGAACCAACUGUGAAAGAGCAUGAA